GGGAGGCUAAUCGCGAGCGGGGCGGGGCGCGUAUCUCCCGGGUCAGCGAUACUGCUCGAGAUUAGGGGCCGUUCACACCGGCCAGUCGAGGGUCCGCAGCCACCAUGCGUGCACACGCCGUCCUCACGCUGCUCUGCGCCUGCGCAGCCAUCGCACUAGUCCGGGCCUGCGAGCCGGGGCAGGCCCACAGCGGCUGCAAGAUCUUCGGCGCGUCUUGCUCUUGCGGCUACGGGUGCAAGACGGAGUACAUCUACCGAACCAAGGAGGCGUGCAUGAACGCACUUAGAGAGCGCAGUUCCAACAUCUGCUCGCGCUCGCCGUGUGUGCGUGGCAUCUGCACCCAGACCGCGCAGGACCCUGGCUUCGCCUGCAAGUGUGAAGGCACCGGCUUCUACGGACAUCGCUGCGAGAAAGCAUGCCCAACAAUACCGAUGCGUGGCCUGGUGUUCCCCCACGAAUGCAUCGUCAUCUGAAUCUACUUACCUAAUGGCCAGCGAUUCCACUAUUUAUUAUUUAGCUUGUGAAGAACCUUCAUGAAUACAAAAGCUCACCACUUUAUAAGAAAAUUGUUUUUAUUAUUUUUACCACUUGAAAUAAGUAAAUGCUGUAAGUAUACAGGGUGUUGCAAAAAAAAACGUUUCCCAUAGCAAAAAGUCGCGUUAACAACAAAGCUUCUAAGGAAAAGGAAUUUUUAUUUUCGUGAAUUUCCAAAACUCGUAGAACAAAAGUUGUUCAGAAUAGCCCCCUGAGUCACCCCCUUUCGGCUUAGUAUACGCUUUUUGCAACACCCUGUAUUAUGAUGUGUGAAAGUGACAGUCAGUCUACGGUCAAUAUACUUACUUAGUACCUACAAAAGUAGAGUCAACUACACUAACCAGAUUCCUACAGAUGAAACCGAUAAAACUGGUUUUAACGUUUCAGUGUUUACAAGGUUUUUUCUCUAGAACACGUGCGACUUCUUUGCUACUCUGAACAUAAAUAUUCUUCCACCCAAAGGUUGUCUUGAAAAACUCGCUUUUAGUGACCUUUUUUGUACCUAUGUGUUUGUAUAUAAGCUUUAUAAAAUCUGUUCUUGUGUACAAAUAAAGAAUAUUCUAUCUAUCUAUCUACUCUGUUGUAUAAUUUGCUACCGUGCUGCCUUAUUGCGAAUUUUUACUUUCACGAAGCGUUAUUGUAUAGCUUUAACAAAUAUAUACCUAAGGUGCUUUUAUUAGUUGCCUUUUAAUGAAAUUUAUAUAUACUAAACAAAAUAUGCUGCGCGAGCCUAAAAAAACACCUAGUUUAAAAAACCUGCUCUCUUGUUCUAUUACUUAAUUGAUAUAAGUUAUGUGAAUGAUAAAAAUCAUAAUGUUACAGUCAUAAGACGGACACUAUAGAUACAUGCACCACUAAUAUCGAUAAUCUUAACAUCCUGUAUUUAUUCUAGUUAGCAAUGUAGAUAACCUGGCUGAAAUCUUAUUAAAUUAAAAUACAUAAAUUCAGAAUACAAUAUUUUUAUUUACAGUGGAUUUAUCAAAUAUUGCUAAAAAACACCAUUAUUCGGUAAAUAAUAUUCAUGAUUUUAAUCGAAUUAACAUUUUAAAACCUCUUUUACUGAUGUAAAACAUUUUCUACAGCAAUACGCAUGUUUUGAGUGCAAAAUCAAGUUAAAAUGUAAUGGUCUGAGGUUGGUUUUUAGAACCAUGCAUUCAGUUAUCUAUUUUAUUCAUGAUAAAGACAGAACAUAAGUUAGGACAGAACAAGGCAAUUAUAUAAUUUGUACUUUAGCAUUUUCAGUUUUAUGUAUAAGUAAUUAGGAAAGUUUUACAUUUCUUUUUCGUAUCAAAAUGACCUC